AUGCCAGAGGGCUCGCAUCGACCUUUCCGACCAGUCCCGCGGGCAUCGAGAGCUCAUCCUUCACACGGCGCCUCGAUACCUAGACGGGCGUUCUCUUCGUCCUCGAAAUUACUGCAUGGACAUAUUACGCCGCCGAAGCCGGGUGAAGAGAUCAACGUCACUUUUAUUGAUAAAGACGGAGACCGACAUGACUUUCAAGUCGCCGAGGGGGAUAAUCUGCUUGAUAUAGCGCAGGCAAACGAUCUUGAAAUGGAAGGUGCUUGCGGAGGUUCAUGCGCCUGCUCUACCUGCCAUGUAAUCGUGGAAAACCCGGACAUGUACGAUAAGAUGCCGGAGCCUGAUGACGAUGAGAACGAUAUGUUGGAUCUGGCCUUUGGCUUGACUGAAACAUCGCGAUUGGGAUGCCAGGUCAAGAUGACCAAAGAACUAGACGGCCUCGUUAUCACCCUGCCCAGCAUGACUCGAAACCUGCAAGCCAGCGAUUUUGCGGAGAAGAAAUAA